GGGUGCUGCAAUGAAAACACCUUGUAUUGAUCUUACAUUUGAUAAAAUUAGCGACAAAAGAUACCUUGUAUGGAAGGUGCAAAACGUUUUUCAUCAGCUGUCCUUAUCUUUUUGGCUGAUCAAAUUAUGUCGAUAUUGGUUUUGUUAAUUUAUUUAAACGUUAAAACAAUUAAAAGAUGUGCUUAAACAUGUGUUUGGGGAACCGUAAGUCACAAAACUAUACGAAAAAACAAAAUAACGAUAAAUCAAAUGCUGCAAACGACCUUUCACUUUUCAUCAGCCCUACUGUUUCUCAGCAGUUGUGUUGAGUUACAUGAAUCUUUCGUUGAGAUUGACUCAUAUGAAUCUUCAGCGAUGAAUGAUUUGGAUUUUCAAUCGAAUCUCCACGGAUACAUUACCAAGGAUACAAGCCUCGCAUGGACUGUUUUCCCGUAGCAAAACAAACUAUCCGGCUACGUGGUACUUGCCAAAGUGUCUCGAAAGUCUGCAUAGGCUGUCAUGGCCACGUAGGUUGUGACGCCAAAAAGAAGAAUAAUAAGAAACUCAAACUCUAUAAAUCUUUGAAGAUUUAUUAAUCCCUUUAGAUUCAUAAAACUCUACAGAUUCGUGAACCUUUCGAGAUAUAUCAAUCUUUUGAGAUUCAUGAAUUUUUCGGUACUUAUGAAUCAUUCUCCAGGAUGCUCGGUCCCUGGCUGCAGCCUCUAAUUCAUGUAGAUACCCGAUCUCCGACAGGUCUUCCGCUCGGAUGGUCCAAGACUCCUGUCCCGGUAGAGGACCGCCGGGCGAAUCAAUGUGCGAUCUCACAUUUCGUGCGAGCUUGCAGUCUUCUGGAUCUCAGCAGUCGGUGAAGCCCAUAUUAUGCACGAUUCCCCUGCACAAUGCAUUUCCGGAUUUCACUGCUGAUGUGGUUGUCCGAGGUAACGCCUGUCCCGAGAUAUCAGAACUCCUUUACUACCUCGAGCUUGUCGCCGUCAACUAAUACAAUGCUGCCCAGAUGGUCUGAGGUACUUCGUCGCAUUGAUUCUCAAUCCAAUUCUUGUUUGGUCGCUGUUGUCCUGAUGAUGUCGAUGCCAUCCGCGAAGCCAAGAAAUUGGAGAGACCGGUUGAGGAUCGUGCUACCGAUGUCAUUGUCUAACCCCACGCUUCGAAUGACACCUUCCAGGGUGAUGUUGACGAGCAGACAGGAGAGUCCGUCACCUUGCCUCAGACCCCUGUGGUAUUCGAACAAACCCUACAACAAGUUGGACACUCUCACCCCUUUCGUGAUGGCCUCUAACAGCCCUAGAUCAUCUUCCCAGGGAAGUGGUACCGCUGCAUAAUGUUCCAUAGCUCGUUCCAGUCCAUGGUGUCGUAGGCCGCCUUGAGGGGCAUGAUAACAUACUUGCCAAAACCACCCGGCUUUAGCCCACUUUACUGAUAUAUCAGUUAAAAGUUCGCUAUUGCACACAAUAGGCUUAACCAAUAAUCAAUAAAUUCUUUUGAUUUUACUCUUAAACGGAUUUCAACAUCAUUAUGUGUACCACGGUUGUGCGUUAUCGUAACGUUACCGAGAUUAAUAGGUUUAAAAACGUAAGCAGUCAUUCUUAUUUUUAGUCGUGACUUUUGAUUUUUUUUUUAAUUUACUAACCAUGACCAAGACCUCAGUUGUGCGGAUCUCGGUUGUUUUAAUUUUGCCAAAACUUGACCAAAUAAAAAAAAAAUAAAUAAAUGAUAUGAAGAGUGCAAUUUGGUCGAGUCUAUUGAAGGCAAAGUAAUUCGAACUUGUUAUUUUUUAUUUAAAGGGAAUAUUAGUCAUAACUAAUAAUUCAACAAUUACCAGUUGUAAUUAUUGCAAAAUAGUAUAAUUUUGACCUGGCCAUUUCACGAGGGCGGGCUCUUUAGAAUGUUUUACUGUACUGUUAGAUAUUACGUUUGAGCUGUUGCCUAACAUAACGGGUAUAUUCAGCACUCGAUGAGUAACAAACAUUCGGGAUGCAGUUUGAAGCUAGUGCUUUAUGCUAUUUUUCAUUAUUGAAAAAAAACGGCAGAAGCAUGCAAUGCAGGGCCCUCUCAUUACAGCCCAGCGCAAGUAAAUGUGCCCAGAAGAGCUGUACUUGGAGCAAUUAUUUACACUUUUGCCAUGCUCAAUUUGGGGCAAACGGGACCGUGGAAGCAAACCCGGAAAGAAGUGUCCAGAAUCAUCCAGCCGCAAACGGCUGACACGAUGGGCUGUGGUUCCAAACUAAUGCAUCGAUGCACAUGUGCAUCCGCACAAAACGCGAGAAAAGCGACUCGUGGGCGACAUAAUUCAAGCCGUAGAACCUAAGAGACUACCUGUGUGACGACCGCAUGGCAGCCGAGAUCCAGUUGUAAGCCAGCGCCAGUGGACGAAAGAUGUUCUUCGGCAGUGCGUUGACAGUGUUCGUGAUGGUAGGGUUUGGUGCUUUGUUGGCCACUGGCGAUGACAUCGGCUCGGAAACGGAUUUGAUGAUAUCGGCCGACGGUAUCCUGAACGAGCAGCUGAUGCCCAUCACGUACCUAAUGCUGGACGGUGGUGGGUGUGAUCCGAGCUCGCGGGAAAGCUGUGCGCUGGGUAGGGAGGCCGAAGGUCGUACCGAACCGUCGGCCGAACUGCCGCUGAAGGAGCUCGGUAGUGAUGCCAGCUACAGCAGUGCGCUUUCCACGCUCGAAUUUCAUCGUACCAUGAUCAAUCUGUACCGCUGCAAGGGCUUCCUGGCCAAGCGCAUCAUCAACGUGGUCCCGGCGCAAUCGCAACUGUUCAAGCGCAUGAGCGCGGCCCAGAUGCCCAACAGUUCCGCGCUGGUAAUGAGCCAAGACCCGACCGACGGUAUGCUGUACGAUCCCGGCUCGUCCGGCUACAAAGAGUGGCUUACCAAAACAUCCACGCUGGACGACAUCUACGAAAACUUCCUCUCGAUGCGGAAGGCUAACGAUACGGUUAGCCGCAACCUGCACCAGGCGGCCUCCACCACCAUCAACCGGGUGUCGGAGUCCGCGAGCCAGCCAGCCUCGAACUCGCGCCUCAGCCAGGAGGAGUACUUUGACGAGGGCAUCAUUACCGGGUACGCCAUGCAGCCGGAUCAGGUUGGCGGAGUAGCGCCCGGCGGCGCAGGAAACUACGAACGUUACGGUCAGCAGCAGCAGCAGCAGCAUCAUCACCAGCACCAGUACGGUUCGCAAGAUCUACAGCUCCGACACUCCAAGUACCAGCGAGGACUGCUGCAGGGCGAGGCGGACGGCGGUGGCGGGUACGAAGCGUCCCGGGGGGAUUACGGCUACCAUCACCAUCACCACGCGCCGAUCGUCGAGUACGAGGAGAAAACGCUCGACAAGAGCAGCAGCCUGCUCGGGCUGAAGGAUCUGUUCGACAUUGCGCUGACCACGCUCGCCUACCUGUCGUUCGGCAUGUUCAUACUGCAGGUCAUCAUGUGCAUCACGAUGACGAAGAGCGACUCCAGCAUGAUGAUACUGCCGACCACGCCCGAGGUCGAGGUGGAGGAGGACGAGGGCCGUCGCUUUGCGCGCUCGCUCACCGUGGACGGGUCGGUGCGGACCCGCGAACUGAACCAGCUGGCCCGGUAUGUGCUGGACUCGAUCGAUGCGAUUGGGAGCGGCGGGCCGGAACCGGACCGCUGCCUGCAGGCGUGCCUGUGCAGGGCGAACCGGUUCUCGCGCACCCUCACCGGCAUCCCGGGGUAUUGGGUAAGCGUUUGGAGCUUCGGCGUAUCCUGGCUGGCUCGGUACAAGCAUCCUUCACGCAACAACCCAGCGUUCGCGCUGAAGUGCAUGAGUGCGGCGUUGAUAGGGCUUGGCAAUGGGAAGUGCGCGGAACUGUACCCAUGUGGUGGUGGGAAAAAAUCCAAACCAUCCUAGGGAGGAAGCGUGGCGCAGUCAAGAUUGUACCAUAAAAGCAAUCUAUAGUUUUUUUUUUGUAUUGCAUAAAUAAUUUAUAUUGUAACUCCGGCACGUAUAAAGAACAUCAAGUGUGGCAGAUACGGUUGUAAGACAGUGACAAAGUCCGAAUAAAAAAAAAAGCAAAACUGU